UAAAUAAACCCUAAAAUGGUUUUAUUCCUUUUCUGUUUUGUUUCAGCUAUGUUUUUGGUUAUCAUCUUUGGAUCUUGUUUGGCGUUGGUACAAUCCCAGGGGACGGCAGACUAUGGCGGUGGAGGUUACGGUGCCGACUACGGUGCUGGAGGACCUGACUAUGGGGGCGGUCUUCCCGAAUACGGCGGUGCUGGGGUAGGAGCUGACUACGGUGCCGACUAUGGAGGAACGGGCGGAGGUGGCGGUGGAUAUGGUCCGGACUACGGGUAUUCUGGCGGCGGUGGCACUGACUACGGGCCUGCAGACACACGAGGAGGAGGAGGUUAUAGUGUAGACUACCCUGACUAUGGAAGCAGUUCAAGUAGAGGUGGUGUUAGCUAUGAUUAUGAUUAUGGCCCUAGUGGCGGAGGUAGUUCACGAGGAUAUGAAAGCUCAGUGGGAUAUGGUAGUCAAGGUAGCUCGUAUGGUGGAAACCAUGGUGGACAAGGUGGAAUGUCUUACCAGAAUAAAAAGAAGAAAAAGAAAUAUGGCCAAGGAUAUAAGAACAAAAACCUGCAAAAAUCUUAUAAGCACAAACCUAAGAAAAGACCUCGUCCACCACCAAAGAAGUAUAGGCCACCAUCAAAGAAACCAAAAUAUAGGCCCCCUCCUAAAAGGCCUCCGUCUAAAAAAUAUAGACCUCCACCUAAAAAAUAUAGGCCUCCGCCUAAAAAAUAUAGACCUCCACCUCCUAAAAAAAGAAGACCUCCGCCUAAAAAAUAUAGACCUCCACCUCCUAAAAAGAGAAGACCUCCGCCUAAAAAAUAUAGACCCCCUCCUAAAAAGAGAAGACCUCCGCCAAAAAAGUACAGGCCUCCACCUCCAAAGAAAUAUAGACCUCCGCCUAAAAAGCGACCGCCUCCACCGAAAAAAUACCGCCCUCCGCCGAAGAAAUACCGCCCUCCGCCGAAGAAAUAUAAACCUCCCCCGAAGAAAUACAGACCUCCUCCGCCACCACCUCCGAAGAAGAAUUACAAGAAAUCAAAAAAGUACGGAGGAAUGUAUGGAUAAUAAGCAGAAGAAUUU